AUGAAUGGAACACAACUCUGGAGCUCGCCGUUACGUCGGGCGCCUGCUUGCGCUUGGAGGAGCUCAACCCCGGCUGCGAGACGUUUCACAGCGGGGUGUCAAUGGAGGCAGGGUGCAGACUCCUCUUCGGGGAAAUCCGAAAAUGAGAAGGAUCGGGAUGAUGGUAACCAAGAGGAGGAGAAAGAACAAAGCGCUAUGUCUCGUCGGCUGUCCCAGAUGACCGAAGAUGCAAUGUUAGAGGGCGGCCGGUCCGCGCGCCGCAAUAUAGAGAACGCAGGAUUCUCGGAGGAUCUGAAGAGACAGCUGGAAGAAAGGGUGUUGGCGUCGUCUUUCAAGAGCGAGCAUGCUGCUGCCCACUCCAUCCUCAAUAUGCCGACGAGUGCAGGCCAAGGAACCCGAGAGACAGCUGCGGCUCAAGCAUGGACAGGAAACGAAACCCUUCAUGACUCCGCCCUACGCAUGCUUGACGAUGCUAGCAAACCAAUUAGGACACCAUACAAGAUCCCCCAGCCCGUCGAUCUGAAACCCGCUCCCAAACCGAAGCAUACCCCAGCGAACGUCUUGCUCACGCAAAAGACCCGCGAGGAAAUGCGUCGAGAGAUGAGGGAGAAGUUGACACCCGGUGCGCACUCCAUGCCUAUCUCCAUCCAGGGCCUAUCCUCACUUGCGAAUGAACGAAUCGAAGAUGCAAUUGCACGCGGUCAAUUCCAGAAAAUUAAGCGCGGGAAGGGGGUGAAUACAGAAACGGAUCAUAAUGCCAACUCGGCUUUCAUCGAUACGACGGAGUACUUCAUGAACAAGAUUAUCCAGAAGCAGGAGAUUGUUCCGCCUUGGAUCGAGAAGCAGCAGGAACUUGCGAUGGAACUCAGUCGGUUCCGACAACGUCUUCGUGCUGAUUGGAGGCGGCAUGCCGCAAGGUUAAUUGCAAGCCAGGGCGGGUCCUUGGAGGCGCAGAUGAAUCGUGCGAGAGGACAUGCUGCAGCAGAAGUUCGCUUAAAGGAGCAGACAAAGCUGGAGGCAUCGUUGAGGAAUACUAGCGAGGAGGCUGUCAUCUCAGAGAUCGAUACCGAUGGUCGCAUUGUGUCAAAGACCGAAUCACCUGGAAUCGCUGCCGAAUCUGUCGGCGAUAACACGACAAAGAGUAUUCCCCAUCUUCCGCCUUUACGAGAUCCGACAUACUUUAAUAAUGAACGCUCUUAUCACGAACUUGCCGUGAAACAAAUAAACGCCAUCACCCGCUCCUAUAAUCUUCAAGCGCCCCGCUCGGCUCAAAAAGGAUACAUCAAUUUGGACCGCGAGCUGAAUGCCUGCUUCAAUGAAAUUGCACCGCAACUAGCCGAAGAGAUCCGUCGCCGGGCUACAGAGCGGGCACGCAGUCCUAUAACCAUGGGUGGAUCCUCAUCGAGUAUGCUUGGCUCACUUGGAACUGGACAAACAGCUCAGAUUUAUGAGGAAGAUGGAGGAAAGGCGUAUGGAAUGAAGGAAAUGUGGCGAGAUUUAUUCUCGAAGGAGAAAAAAUAG